CCGAAUUCAAGUAAGGUUGAGUGAAGUACAUAAACCGAAAAAGACCAGAGCCGUCCAGAUUCGUCAGCGCCAAAUUGUUCGUGAGAACUUUUUGAUGGCUACGACCGACUUCGAGCUGUAGCUUAUUUGCUUCGCGUUCGUAGAUACCCCUUCUUGGUGAUUUCGUUCCUCGAUAUUCCAAGGAUAUGCGAAGGGAUGUGCGCAUUCUUCUCGUCGGUGACGAGGGUGUCGGGAAAAGUACGAUAGUCACCUCACUCAUUAAAGAAGCUUUUGUCCAACACGUCCAACACAUUGUACCCGAAGUUACAAUUCCACCAGAGGUUACUCCGGAAAAUGUCACGACAUACAUUGUUGACUCAGGAGCUGGGCCGCAGGAUCGUGCACACUUGGAGUCGGAAAUUCGAAAGGCUCAUGUCAUCUGCGUCGUAUACUCGAUAGACAACCCCAAUUCCUUCGACCGGAUUCCUGCGUAUUGGCUUCCGCAUUUUCGACAGCUCGGUGUAAACGUUCCUGUUAUACUUGUUGGCAACAAGAUUGAUUUACGCGGGGGCGAAGUGACAAAUGAGGCACUGGAGGACGAAAUAAUACCUAUCAUGAACGAAUUUAAAGAAGUAGAAACUUGUGUGGAAUGUUCAGCCAAAAUGCCUUUGAACGUCUCCGAAGUCUUUUAUUUUGCGCAGAAGGCCGUCUUACAUCCUACCGCACCUCUAUACGACUCGCGAGAUCAUGUACUUAAAGCAGCAUGCGUAAGAGCAUUGAAACGCAUAUUCAAAUUAUGUGACUUGAAUAAGGAUGGCAUCCUUGACGCGCACGAACUGAAUGAAUUUCAGAGGAAAUGUUUCGACGCGCCUUUGCAAUUGCAGGAACUCGAGGGUAUUCGAGAGAUGGUCACUCAACAUGCAGAUGGUGGCGUCAGAGAAGGUGGCCUCACGGAAGCGGGAUUCUUGUAUUUGCAUACGAUCUUCAUUCAGCGUGGACGCUUAGAAACCACAUGGACAGUUUUGCGGAAAUUUGGUUAUGCUGAAGAUCUACGGCUCACUGAGGCGUUCCUGUCUCCGAAAUUCGAUGUCCCGCCAGAUUGUUCCGUCGAACUCAGUCCACCCGGAUAUCAGUUCUUCACGGACAUUUUCGAGACAUUUGAUAAAGAUCAAGAUGGUGCACUCAAUCCUUCCGAGCUUGAAGAGGUUUUCGGCACAUCACCAGGCAAUCCUUGGGCGUCUCAAAAAUUCCCAGACACGACACUCUCAGAUGAUACUGGCUCGGUCACUCUGCAGGGCUGGCUAGCUCAAUGGAGCAUGACGACGCUUCUCGACCACAAAACCACUUUAGCGUACCUCGCAUAUCUGGGAUACCCUGAUGAACCUCGAACAAGCGCUCUUCAAGUGACUCGUGCCAGAAAGAUUGAUCGUAGGAAGGGUAAGGUGUCCCGGAAUGUUUUUCUCUGCUAUGUUUGUGGUGCAGCCGGUUCGGGGAAGACGUCGCUGCUGCGGGCAUUCCUGAAGAAACCAUUCUCAGAGAUCUAUGAGCCAACUUCGAAGAUGAUGACUGCUGUCAAUGCUGUGGAUAUCGAGGGGUCUGAGAAGUAUCUUGUGCUACAAGAAUUCGGCUCCAAAUACGAAGCGGAGACUCUUCGAAACUCAAAGAAGACGGACUUGGCAGAUGUCAUCGUCUACGUGCAUGAUUCCAGCGACACAAACUCGUUUUCUUACAUCAGUAAUCUACGGCAGCAAUACAGCCUCGAUCAUAUACCAACCCUAUUUGUUGCAACUAAAUCUGAUCUGGACCUUGCGCAACAGCGACAUGAGGUCCAACCUGAUGUUUAUUGUCGACGUCUGGGGCUGCAAGUUCCCGUGUCAGUAAGCGUGAAAACAAAUCAAACAGCAGAUGUGUUCCAUGCAAUAUGUAGUAUUGCAAUGAAACCGUUAUCCGCCAUACCGGGUGGUGCAGAACGCGCUCUAUCAUCUUCGGCACGGUUGAAAAUGUAUUUUACGCUCACAGCGUUACUCGGUGGAUGUACUGCUGGGUUAUUUAUGUUGUACCGAACAUUAAUACGACCAGGAAGCGCACCGUUUCCCAACUGGACAACUGGUUGGGCUGGAUGGCUUCUGAGUAAUAGAAAGUAGUACAAGGGUUAUUUUACAGAGACCUAAUAUCAGUUCAUUACAGAAAUUAA